AUGAACGUCAUCAGCGUGCCUUCGUUGCGGCACAACGCGGAACUUUCACGCGCCGUGAGGCGCGCAGGUUUGGCGAAAGCGACCAGGACCUCGGCCUGCGCCCUUGUCAGGACCGCGGCGGGCGUGAAGGCUGAAUCACUUCACGUCAACCGCAGGCGCGGGUUCCGCGGCCGGGCGGUCAACAUGCCGUUGCACGCCGUGGGGGAAGAGGAUGGCACGGAUAAGAAGGAUACUCUUUCGAGUCUCAGUUCCAUCCUGGGUGAGGAUCUCGAGGCGGAUGCAGCGAAGCAGAGAGAGGAAGAAGAGAGGAUCGAGAGGGAGGUGAUGGCUGCGAAGAAAGAGCAGGCUGCCGCCCGAGAAGAGCGAGAGAAAGCCAGCGGGGCGAAGGAUGUGUUCAAGCGUGCUGUCACGCCGUCCGCUUCUGAAGAUGAUGAUAUCAGGGGAUCUGAAAGGGCGAUCGCCGCCAUCUGCUAUCUUUUGCCCCUCCUCGACGGGCUAAAGUACAGCAAGUUCCUGCUCCUUCAGUUCCCCCUCUUUGGGCUUCUUCUUCUCCCCAUCAAGCCGGCCAUUGACCUCUGGUAUUCGCUCGGGUUCCUUCAGAUAUUUGUCUUCUUCGGAAUGUAUCUCGGAGUCGUCAACAACCAGGAGUUCCGCUACUUCACUCGCUUCAACGCCCAGCAAGCCAUCCUGCUUGACAUUCUCCUGAUCGUCCCGGACGUGCUCAUCAGGCUUAUCUCAGGCCUUGGCGGUGAUGACGCACUGCUCACCGGAGGCCCGGGCCUCGAGGCGCAGGUGCUGCUAUACAACACCGUCUUCCUCUAUGUGUAUCUUACGUCCGUGGUUGGUGCGGGAGCGAGCACCCUGGGGAAGACUGUCAAGCUCCCGAUUGUGGGCGACGCGUCGGAGCAGCAGACAAUGCGGUGA